AUGUCCCGCAGAUAUUCACGUUGUGAAUCAAGAUGUAGCAGGAGUUAUUCUUCCUGUAGUGACAGUAGUGAAGAAAGAGAAUAUAGCCGACACAAACGUUUUGACAAGUUUUCCAAUGAGCGGGAAAAGUAUGACACGUUGAGUUCAAGUCGCAAAAGACAAUAUUCAUCCACAUCUUCAGACUAUAGUUCUAGUGGGGAACCAAUGUCUAAGAGAACAAACACAGAUCAAAGUUCUCAUAAUGUUAACUCCCCUGGAGUAAAACUGAGGCUCGAGACAGACUCUCCCUGUCAAAUCUCUCUAAAAUUGAACAGUGUCAGCUCUAGCCAGACUGAUGCCUCAAAGGUCUUGCCCAAACCAGACCAUAAACCAAAGACACAGAAAAGAAAUCGUCACAAAAGACAAUUACGUAAAAAGGGAAAGCACUAUGAAGAUAGACAAGAUACUUUGAGACAUCAGUAUAACACAGUGUACCCCAGAGAGAACGAAAGAGUUAACAUGCGCGAUGAUCUACCAAAGCAUGAGUCCAGAUACAGCAGAGAGUUUAGAAGAGAUAACAUGGCUGAUCAUCUACCCAGGAAUGAGUCUAGUUAUAGCAGACAGAAUAGCAGAGACUUGUCUGAUCCUAUUCCCAAACAUGAGUCUAGCUACGGCAGAGAGUAUAGCAGAAAUCAGUAUGAUUAUCUACCCAAGCAUAAGUCUAGUUACAAGCAAGAGAAAACUGAAGGUAAAAAAUCUGAAGGUAAAAAAUCUGGCAACAGCCGAGAGAAGAAAAGAGACACCAAGUAUGAAGAUGACAGGUAUCCCAGGUAUGACUUCAGUCGAGAGAACAAUAGAGUAAAUGUCAGUGCCUUUAGAUCUAGUUCAGAAAGUGACCAAUCAGAACAUGACCAAUGUUAUCGUAGAAAAGACUACAAGUAA